UUUCUCCCGAAAAAUGUUCAGCAUGACCAAACUCCUCUUAUCCGUGAUUAUACUGUCUGGCUUUUUGCAUAUGACGAGUCACUCGAGAGAGGAAUAUUUAUGGUGUUAUGAAUGCAACACUGAUUUAAGACAAGGGCAUAAAGGAGAUUGCAAUGAUCCUUAUACGCCUGGUGCUUUUGACCUGGUUGCCUGUCCUCGGAACGAAUCUCAUCAGUGCCACAAAAGUAUCAUAUUAUAUAGAAAUAUUUUAGUAACAGUACGAGCCUGCGUAUUAUCACGCCAAGUAGAAAAAUACUGCGACUACGGAGAUAGUUUCCCAAAAUCGAGUAUCGAGUGUUACUUUUGCAAGGAAAAUGCCUGCAACGGUAAAGAAUUAUUCAAUCCAACAUCAAAAUGGUAUUUUGGAUUUGUCACAAUUAUUUUGUCGUGGGUAUUAACGUAAAAAUGUGCGCAGAUAAUGAAAUUUUAUCGUAAAACUUACCGGUUAUUACAUUAACUUAAAUUUUUAUACUUAUGUGUAAUCAUAUACUAAGAAUGUAACAAGUUUUGAAAUGUUUGUUUUUGCUCGUGGAAACGUUUCUGUGUUCGAGAGAAGUGACAUUCGAAAUUCUAUGAAAUAUAAAAAGAUACUUAUGGAGAAAAUGUUUAUCAAAUAUUACUAUUAAAUUAUUAAAGUAAAACCAAAGAAAACAUAAUAUUUGCUAUAUUGAGAUGGAAUCAAUUGUCAUAACUUUUCUCUCUGGUAAAUGUCUUUUUAAAAUAUAAACAAAUAAUUUUAUAUACCUGUCAAACUCCAAAAAUAUAAGCGGUUUUUGAUAAUUGGACAAAUAAUACUGGCCACACCGGAUGGAACAUACUAUAAUAUGGAUAAGGAUGCGCUUAAUCAUGCAAUUAACUUAAUGAUACAAUCAUUUUAAUGUAAGCUUAAAUAUGUACGUCAAUGAUUAUCUUUGCGAGAAACGCGCGAUGUAGGUAAGAAAUACAUAUAUUUCUAAAUAUAGAAUCUUCCUAUCAUUUUUUUGUUGUAUCUCUACAAGUGGAUUUAAUUUAAAAUAUUGGAUAUUAGUAAAGUGAAGUUGAUACGGGGCCAUGAUAGAUGGUAUUAUCACCUUCAAACAUUCAAGCUCUAUUU